GACAUUUUAGACAGGCAUGUUCGCAGUUACUCGCAAAUGUCACGUGUUGAGGUCCUAAGCAGAAAGGUGCUGUGCACUUCAUCAUGGCAGCGAACAGUAGCAACAACACGAGCGGUAAAAGCGGUGGGGGAAAGCAAUCCACUCCCUCCGCGGAGCAGGUUGUGGCUACUUUCCAGAGGAUGCGUCAAGAGCAGCGCAGUAUGGCCUCCAAGGCUGCUGAGUUUGAUAUGGAGAUCAAUGAGCACAGCCUUGUGAUUGACACACUAAAGGAAGUAGAUCCCUCAAGAAAGUGCUUUCGUUUAGUUGGGGGUGUGCUUGUGGAGAGGACUGUCAAAGAAGUACUGCCUGCGUUAGAAAACAAUAAAGAACAGAUUUCGAAGAUUGUGGAGUCUCUUAACACGCAGAUGCAGGCAAAAGGACGGGAGCUGACAGAAUAUCGUGAACGUUACAAUAUCCGAUUAGUUGGAGAAGAUGACAAACAGGGCAAAGCAGAUGCCAGUCAAGCGAAAGAAAGUGAAGGAGGAGGGUCUAAAGGUGGCACUGGAGUUCUUGUCUCAUAAUGGAUGUAGUCUUUAGUAGCUGGUUAGGAAUUGUGCUUGUCAGCGCUUUAAUAUUUGAGAGACUAAGAGGGCAUGUUAUGACUUUGUCUUAGAUAUGCCAGUCACUGUACAUGGAAAGAGAGUGAAAGUCUUGUUUUUUUUAUGCGCAUUUUGUAUAUUUACAAUUCUGGAACAUCACAUGCAAUUAUAUCCUAUACCAGUUUGAUUAUAAAUACCAGUUCACAUUUGCAGUCAUAUUCUCAUUUUUGUGGUUUUAUUGCAACUGCAUGUUUACUUUCAUGUUCAGUCCAUUAUGUGCCAUGUUUAAAUGGAUUGCAUAAAAUUACAUAAUUCAAAAUGAUCGACUCAGAAUUUCAAUGGGCCUGACUUAUUUUUUUUCUUGACUUUCACCUUCUUCUGCACUCGGGAAGAAAUAAUGUAUAGCUGUUGGUGCUGUUCUUGACUAUCACAGUGAAGACUGCUGACUGACUCAUACCAGGACUGUUGAACAUGACCCUACUCAGUCAUUUAUUACGUCACAACUGUAUGCCUGUAUGGACGACACUUUUUAUGUUUUUGUGGUUGUUUUGUUUAAUGAAUUAAAAAUACAAACUUGAGCAAGAUCUCA